AUGGCUAACCACCCCGUUCCCCUCAGCGAGCUACGAGACUUGCCCGAAGACCAACAUCUAUUCUGCCCUCGCAUCGGCGAAGACGGAUCUGUGUACUACGAAGAGGAUGUGGCCGCAUAUCCACCCGAAACCGACCCCACGGAACUCGCCCACCGUAAGCUAAGGGUGCAAGAAGCCGAAGACCGAAAAUGGACAGCGCUCAAGGCAACCGAGAUACUGGCUUUCGAUGACGAAGACGCAGGACCACACAAGGAAUGGAUGACCAAUCGGCUCAACCAACUUAUGCAGAGCUGCGACGUCUGCGUAAGAGUCUUUCACCAGUCCCGCACAGCAUGGCAGUCUCGACUUCUUGACACAUUCGACGAGGAGAAUGUUCGCAUAUUCAUGGAAGCAAUGGACAAGCAAUGUCUGGGCCGCAUACAGAAGGGCUUGGACGAGGCCAACGAGAUAUUGAGCAAAGCGGAUCCCAAAACGCGAUCAGUGCGCCUGCUACCGAAUGAAUGUACCUACGGUUUCUUCGAGGCACUGAGCUGUGACGCCCUGAUACGGAAUGAAGAACUCCUCCAGAAACACUUUGAUACACCUUUCGACAUGGUCCAGACAAAAAAGCGGUUGAAAGUGCAGACAUACCUCCCGGCAAUGACGCGCUUCCUCUUCAGCAGGGUCGAGAGGCGUCACAAGUGGGCGACCGAGUCAUGGUCUACCUUCAAGCGAAACUUGCUCAAGUCCGAAUGGGAUUGGGCUGUACGGGACUAUAUGACAAGUGUUAUGAUGAAGGUACAGAUGUACUGCUUGGACAAAGACCUCGUGCCUCUUUUCUGGGGUGGCUCGCGGCUUAUAGUCGCAAAGAUGGACAGGGAGCUGAUUACAGACUCUCUACGGGCUCUCGAUGGAGAUUUCUAUCGCUUGAUGCUCGAUCACCUUUCGCUACCUUCUGAAGGCUUCCUUGAUCUGAUUGCAACCAUGAAGCAACUACUGGAAACGUCUCCAAUCGACUACUGGGAUGGCAUGAAUGCCGUAACACCGUCCAUUGCAACAGUGGUGGAACAAGUGUUCAACAGUCCUGUUUUCAACCAGCUACUUCUCGCCGCAGCCGACGAGAAUGAGCAGAGUAUGGUCAACCUACAUGCUGCUUUCAGCUGGAUACCGCCUUUUCUUGACUCUAUCAAGCUGGCAAACCUUGGACCCGCAACCCGUCCUUUUGCACAGGCGCUUCUUGGCCGCUUCCAGUCUGACCGUUACUCAGCAACGUCUCGAGCGUAUUGCUACAGGGAAGGCCUCAAAGUUUUGGACUACGCCUUCCGUAAAAUGGGGGAAGGCAAGACCACGGACAAGUUCGUCGGUCAACCUGUUGUCAACGGUAUGCUAGAUAUGCUGUCAACCUUCAUACAGUCCCUCGUCAUGAACCUGAAGGAUUUCAAAACUAGCAAAAAUGUCAAAGAUAUGCAAUUAGCACUCUCAGUAAUUGAGCAUGCCUUCAAGCUAGAGGCGCACUCUCUGAUCGUCGAGAGGAUUCUGAUAUCUGCAAAGCAACCGUCGCCCACAGAGACACCACCUUCUAGUCCCAUAUGGAAGACAGUCCUGCGAGCCAUAGGUCCUGAAAGCUUGGAAUUAGCGACACAUCUGCUCAUCGCCAGUAGAAGUUUGAUCGGCCUUGAACCGCUACAGAUGAAGUCCGGUGUCGAUAAGGUGCCUGCCACAGUACGGCAUUUCAAUAGUCGCUUUGGGCUAUUAUCUCAAUCCAUCACCGAUGUUGUGGAGAGGUUGUCGGGAUAUGAUCCCUCUCUCAUGCGAGCGCUAUUUGGACAACGACCUGCAGCUAGCGCCAUCAUCUCUCUGAUGUUCUCAUCCGUAGAGUCUACACGCCUCUCUGCACGCGAUUUUCUAAAAUUCAUAAGCGGAGAACGGGAGCGUCGAGGUGCUUUGCAACACAUGUUGCGUGCCCAUUAUAGGAACAUGGUUCUCGGUAUUUCAGAUUCGAUUCGCCAGGUUAGAUCAAAGAAGGCCUUUGCUCCGGUACCGGACAUGAUCAAAACUUGCAGCGAUAUCAUCGACAUCAUCUGCAACUCUCAGGACGGUAUACUACGGGACCAAGAGUAUGACUCUGAAGAUGCCGCUGCGACGAUGAGUCUCUGGGAGAACCUCUGGGAUUCACUUACCAUGAUCUUUGCAACAACCGAAGGGUGGAGUAACCUGGGUUUCUACGACAAAAAAAUGAUGAUGGACUUCUGUAGAGACACUAUGCAAUUUGCCGACAUGCUGUUCGACCAAUACAGCUUGUUUGUAACAGCCCUACAACCACCUACCACCGAAGAAGAUGGGAGCACAUCAGAGACAAUGCUGCUGAAAGAGCUGUUGGCCCGGCCUGCCAACUCCAUGGAGGGCCUGGCUAAGUGGCUUCGUCUUCGUGACGAGUUCCUGUCCAGCAAAUCUGUCACUCUGAUUAGCAAGCUUCUUGUCCGCCUACGUCGCGUGUCCAUUGACAUCGAUGCCGGCGCGCUCUCAUACAUGGAAAGAGUGCUAUCAGGAGACGUUCGGGCAAAGCUCAGCAAGAUGCAACAAGCGGAGCUGCAACAAGCCCUUGAGGAGCAUCUUGGCCGCACGCUCGUCAAGGAAGAGGAGCCUGUGAAACCAAAACAGGCCUCGAUAAGCAAAUGGAUGUCCCCCGGCGUGACACCAACACCAGGACAUGUCAAAGCCAACUUGUUGGCUAGCAUGACCGCAGGAGCUACCAAGUUCCAAGAGCGACGAGAGCAGACGAAGGCUUCAGCAACAAAGGCUGUGCAACAAAAGGCUGCAGAAGACUUGAGGAACGCGCAGCAAGCCGAGUUCAAGCGCAAGCGGAUACAAGAGAAAGAGAGAGCUGAGAAAGAAAGAGCCGCACUAGUCGCCAAGGCCAAAGCAGCUAGAGGCCUCUCUUCCCACACCGCGGAAGCAGGUUCAGGUCUCGAAGGCUUGGGUAUCUUAGGCAAAGAACAGGCUGCCAAGGGAGAAGGCCUGAUGCAUUCUUCUGAUGAAUCGUCGGACGAACAAGGUGACAUUGACGAAGAUAUGUUCGGGCCCAAGGGCAUCAAGGCCAAGACUGGACCAAAGACGAACAUGAUCAAUCAAAUCAAUGUCCAGAUGCCGACCAAGAAGAGGCGACGGGUGCAAUCCGGCAAGAGCAUGCUCGCUCGUAUAGCGCCUGAUUUGAGUGGCCUACAUGGCACGAUACUCAACUGGGACUAUUUCUACGACGGUCACUUCCCACCAAGGACUAGUAAGGGGGAUUAUUCUAUGGUUAUAAGUACCUUCCACACUCCCGACGAUUACCAACGUACAUUCGAACGCCUUCUACUAUUGGAGGCAUGGCAAAGCUUUAUUAAAAUGCGCGACGAACCUCUGGCAAAACCAUACGAGAUAACAAUUUCCUCAUCAGCAAGGGUCGAUCAGUUUUCGGAAGUAGGCAGUACGUUGAAAUACGGCGUGAGCAAGGAGAUGCCCUUUUAUGAAGGAGAUAUUAUUCUCUUGUCGCAAUCCAAACCCUCCGCGGACGUGCCGACAUGUCUCGCCAGAGUGCACAAUAUCAAGAGAACGAAAGAACACUUCCAAAUCACUUACCGCCUUAUUCCAGGAAGCAAGCUUCAGAAGGUGUUCCAGAAAAACAACACAUUGCUCGCAACCAAGAUCGAUUCAAUUACAUCGCUCGAGCGUGAGUAUGCUGCGCUCAGAGGACUUCAGUACUACGACCUGUGCGACGAGAUUAUCAAGGCGAAACCUUCGCCACUUUUGACUUAUAAGGAUAGCCAAAUACAGCCACUCAUCUUGAACUACGACCUGACCUUGGCGCAAGGAAAAGCCAUCAAGUCAGCCAUUGACAACGAUGGUUUUACCUUGAUUCAAGGUCCUCCUGGUACCGGAAAGACUAGGACAAUCACAGCUAUCGUUGGAGCAAUCCUUAGUGGCAGCUUUCGUAAUCGUGGCACUAACAUCGCCGUGCCUGGUAAAUCGCAAUCAGACCCCACCCCGAAGAAGAUACUAGUCUGUGCACCUAGUAACGCAGCAGUCGAUGAGUUGUGUAUGCGCCUCCGGCCAGGCAUCAAGACUCUCGAUGGUGAAGUACGUCAGAUCAACAUCGUACGUCUGGGUCGAAGCGACGCUGUCGAAGCCAACCUACAGGACCUGACGCUAGACGAACUUGUUGAUAAGCGUUUGGGUGCAGAUUCGAACAGUAAUGAGCAAGAAGCGAGGCAGAAGGUGUUCGAUGAGCACCAGGAAACAUCCAAACAGUUGAGAGAAGCUUACGAACUACGAAACAAGGGUGAAGUGAAAGGAGAUGCUGCAGCUAGGCUUGAUAAUGACAUCAGUGCUCUGUACCACAAAAAGAAACUGCUCUCAGGCCAGAUCGACGCUAUCAAAGACAGUCAAGCGUCAACCGGCCGUAGAGCAGAUUCGCGGCGAGACAAGGCGAUUGCCGCCAUCUUGAACGACGCACACGUGGUUUGUUCAACACUCAAUGGAUCCGGGCACCACAUGUUUCGGACCAUCGAAGUCGAAUUUGACACGGUCAUUGUCGACGAAGCUGCUCAAUGUGUUGAGAUGAGCGCACUCAUUCCUCUCAAAUACGGAUGCGCCAAGUGUAUCCUUGUUGGAGAUCCGAAACAAUUACCUCCAACGAUCUUCUCGAAGGAAGCGGUCCGUUUCCGAUACGCACAGAGCUUGUUCAUGCGCAUGCAGCAAAACCACCCAAAUGACGUGCAUCUACUUGAUGUACAAUAUCGUAUGCACCCGGAAAUCAGCCAGUUUCCCAGCCAGACAUUCUACGAUGGCAAGCUCUUGGACGGUGGCGAUAUGGCCAGCGUGCGUAAGCAACCAUGGCACCAGAGUUCGCUAUUGGGACCCUAUCGCUUCUUUGAUGUGAAAGGACAGCAACAAAAAGCAACUUCGGGCAAAUCACUCAUGAACAUUGCCGAGAUCAAUGUCGCAUUGCAGUUGUAUCACCGCCUCACGUCUGACUUCCCCAAUUACAACUUCAAGGGUAAAAUUGGCAUCAUCACACCAUACAAGAGCCAGCUUUACGAGAUAAAAGAGCGUUUCAAGAGAACGUAUGGACAGACCAUUGUCGAGGAUAUUGACUUCAACACGACAGAUGCUUUCCAAGGUCGUGAAAACGAAAUCAUAAUCUUCUCCUGUGUACGAGCUAAUGGUGGCAUUGGCUUCCUUGACGAUGUUCGCCGUAUGAACGUCGGUCUUACGCGAGCCAAGUCAUCGCUGUGGGUAUUGGGUGACUCGACGUCACUUCAAUCAGGAGAGUACUGGAGAAAGCUGAUUCUAAACGCACAAGAGAGGAAGCGGUUUACCGAUGGACAGGUUUCAAGAAUGCUUGAACAACAUUCGAGCAAUUUCCCAGCACCUAAGGAAGGUUAUAUGCAGGGCAACCGACCGAUACCAGACGUCAAGCCAGAAGUUCAGUCGGCGAGUAACCAGCCCAACUCCUCCAUGAUGGAAGUUAAGAAGGAAGCGAUCAAAACUGAGAUGACGCUUGUACAUCACGAGAAGCGCAAGUUCGAGCAACAGAGCAACGGCAUGGACACCAAGCAUGAAAGCAGUGAUGUUGAGAUGGAAGACGCUGCGUCCGAGUCUGCGCCCAACACGUCGAACGGAGGCAGUGGUCAGUCGACACCAGCUGCUCAGGCUGAUGCGACGCGGAAAGGGUCCACUCCUGGCUUAGAGGGCUUAGAGGGAAGUAAUGGGACGGCUGGGGCGCCUGCUCCUAUCACGGGAGACGUCAUCGGAGGCAUGUCCAAGGCAAAGGCAAAGAUUCGCAGGCGGCCUCGCCCACCACAGGAUCCGUUCAUCAAGAACAAGAAGCCGAAAAGCGGCUAA